UCUCCUCACACCAUAAACAAGAGCUGAAGGACAAGAAAGACUGGGCAGAUCACAUUAUGAAGACUUCAGCGCUACCAGUAAUCUGCCUGAUCGUCACACUCAGUAUCGCUGAUGAUACCUGCCCAGAUGUGAAGAUUGUGGGAAUUGGCGAUUCAGACAGAUUGAGCAUCCUCAGAGGAUGCCCUGGAACCCCCGGGUCUCUUGGGCAGAAGGGAGAACCAGGAUCCCCAGGAGUAAAGGGGCAAAUCGGAUUAACCGGUACUCCAGGGAAAGUUGGACCACCAGGAGAGAAAGGUGAAGCUGGUGCCACAGGAAUUCAAGGUCAAAAAGGCGAGAAAGGUGAAUCCGCCAGAUCAGAUUCAAUCUAUGUUGCAAGGAACUGUAAGGAGCUGCAGGAUCAGGGCACAGUUCUAAGUGACUGGUACACAAUCUACCCAGAUGGAAAACAACCCUUAAAGGUGCUGUGUGAUUUGCACACGGAUGGAGGAGGCUGGAUUGUUUUCCAGAGACGUUGGGACGGCUCAGUAGAUUUCUUCCGUGACUGGGAAUCCUACAAGUGGGGAUUUGGCAGCCGUCUGAACGAGUUCUGGCUGGGGAACGAUAAUCUUCACAAGAUAACGUCGAUAGGAUCCUGGGAACUGCGUGUUGAUCUUCAGGAUUUCAGCAACACAAAACAUUUUGCCAAAUACGCAUCCUUUCAAGUUCUGGGAGAAGAUGAGAAGUACAAACUGUUGCUUGGAGACUUCAGGGGUGGUACAGCAGGGGAUUCCAUGGCGAUACACAACAACAUGAAGUUUACCACCAAAGACCAGGACAACGAUAAUUUGGACACUAACUGUGCAGAUUUGUACAAGGGGGGAUGGUGGUAUUAUAGAUGCCACCAUUCAAAUUUGAAUGGACUCUAUAUGCUAGGUCAACAUACCGCUUAUGCCAUUGGCAUCAACUGGAGCACUGGUAACGGAUGGUACAAUUCCUACAAAUAUUCUGAAAUGAAGAUUAGACCAGUGAUCUAAUGGGAAACUGGUGGAUAGUUAAGCAAAGUCAGAGUUCUCCUAAGCAAAAUAUACACAGAUAAAUAUUGUAAUUUGAGCACUAUUUUUUUUGCAGAAUUACUAAAAUAAAUAUUUACUGAUAUUUUAUUGUAUAAAAGAAGCUGUGAAUGUAUUUUUAAAUCUUGAUUGCUGGACUUCCUUAAAGGGACAGUCAAGUCCAAAAUAAACUUUCAUAAAAAGGGACACGUGAAAAAUACAUAUGUCAGGGUUUUUUCAGGGCUGUUUAAAGAAAUAUUUUGUAUAAGAACCCUGACAUAUGUAUUUUUCAUAUGUGUCCCUUUUUAAAGAGGCAAUAUGGUCACCCUAUUCAUAUAGGGCAUGUCAUUUUAAACAACUUUCCAAUUUACUUUUAUCACCAAAUUUGCUUUGAUCACUUGGUAUUCUUAGUUGAAAGCUAAACCUAGGUAGGUUCAUAUGCUAAUUUCUUAGACCUUGAAGGCCGCGUCUUAUCUGAAUGCAUUUUGGAAGUUUUUCACCACUAGAGGGCAUUAGUUCAUGUGUGUCAUAUAGAUAACAUUGAGCUCACACACAUGAAGUUACCUAGAAGUCAGCACUGAUUGGCUAAAAUGCAAGUCUGUCAAAAGAACUGAAAUAAGGGGGCAGUUUGCAGAUGCUUAGAUACAAGUUAAUUACAGAGGUAAAAAGUGUAUUUAUAUAACUGUGUUGGUUAUGCAAAACUGGGGAAUUGGUAAUAAAGGGAUUAUCUAUCUUUUUAAACAACAAAAAUGCUGGUGUUGACUGUCCCUUGAAUGGCAUUAAAAUCUGCUGAAAAUUA